AUCAACAUUGGAUAAUUUGCUGUAUAUUUCCACUCAUGCCGUAGUAAUGUAUUUAAUGCCACGUGGUAUAUACUGUAGGAUCAUUUCCCACUUCUGAACUUCAAUCUCAGGUAGCACUCACUCUCACACACCUUCAUCAUCAAAAACUACACAUCCACGUAUUUAGUAGCAUGCCAUUAUAGCACGCCCCAAGAGAGGUUAGCCAGUGCGUACCACAGGUGGUGGUGUCACACUUCCCAAAACUCGCAGCGUGUGUUUUUUUGGACGUGGCGUCAGCUCUCUAUAAUGAAGAACCGGAAGCGCUGUUCGCUCUGCUCUCAGGCGCGUCUUAAUGUAAUCAAUACAUCUCGCUCGGGUCCACUGUGAUUCCUCUGUUGUGCUCGAAGAAACACGGAUUUAACUUCUUUCUUUUUAAUCGAAUAUAAUUCGAGUUUUGGGUUUUUCUAUUUCUCGGGUUUUUUCCUGUUCGGCUGCAUCGAUUUGAAUUGGAUUUUGAAUGUAAAAUACGACUUUUUAAGGCGUUUUCCCUCUGAGUCUGCUUCUCCACUGACUUACUGAGUGCUGAUGGCUGUAGCUGCUUCUCAUAUAGUGGACUAGCAAAUCAUCCAGAAGGUACAGGAUGCAAAGAUGGCACAGAUUCUUGCACCGCCGGGACCACAAAGUUUCUGCCCGUUCACCCGGGAGUCGCUCAAGGCCAUUGAAAAACGAGUUGCAGAGGAAAAGAGUAAAAAGCCUAAAAAAGGAGAGCAAGAGGAAAAUACUAAUGAUGAAGAUCAGCCACAACCUAACAGUGACCUUGGGGCAGGAAAGAAAUUGCCAUUCAUAUAUGGAGACAUUCCCAAUGGUAUGGUAUCCACACCGCUGGAAGACCUGGACCCAUUUUAUUGCAAUCAGAAAACCUUUAUAGUAUUAAACAAAGGGAAGAGAAUCUUCCGAUUUAAUGCCACUUCUGCCUUGUUCAUGCUAAGUCCAUUCAACCCAAUCAGAAGAAUAUCAAUAAAGAUUUUGGUACAUUCAUUGUUCAACAUAAUAAUCAUGUGCACUAUCCUUGCAAACUGUGUGUUUAUGACUUACCCUGAACGCCCAGAACAACGAUCCUUGUUCAAGAAUAUAGAGUACAUGUUUACUGCAAUUUAUACAUUUGAUUCAUUAAUAAAGAUCUUUGCCAUGGGCUUCUGCAUAGGCAAGUUUACCUUCCUCAGAGACCCAUUCAACUGGCUGGACUUCACUGUAAUUGUGAUGGCGUAUGUGACAGAGUUUGGAAACGGUUUGGGUAAUGUCUCGGCUUUGAGAUCUUGCAGAGUUGUUCGGGCCCUGAAAACAAUAUCAGUUAUUCCAGGUCUGAAGACUAUUGUAGGUGCUCUGUUCCAGUCAGUAAAAAAACUUUCAGAUGUGAUGAUACUGACCAUAUUUUGUUUGAGUGUAUUCGCACUGAUCGGUCUACAGCUAUUUAUGGGCAACCUGAGGAAUAAAUGCAUAAAGCUACCAAACAAUGCCACUAUAAAUGAGGUGGGACAGCUGGUUUUUAGUGACAAUUUCACUGAGUUCAACCAUACAGCAUACUAUAAAAAUGCGGACAAUUAUUAUACAAUUAAGGGAAAGAAAGAUCCUCUGCUCUGUGGAAAUAACAGUGAUGCAGGGCAAUGCCCAGAUGGUUAUUUCUGUCACAAAGCAGGCACCAAUCCAAAUUACGGCUUCACCAGCUUUGAUAGCUUUGGUUGGGCUUUUCUCUCUCUCUUCAGACUGAUGACUCAAGACUACUGGGAAAAUCUCUACCAACAGACUCUUCGAGCCUCAGGGAAGACCUAUAUGAUCUUCUUUGUGCUGGUGAUAUUCCUGGGAUCAUUCUACCUGGUGAACUUGAUCUUGGCUGUGGUGGCCAUGGCAUAUGAUGAACAGAACCAGGCCAACCAGGAGGAGGCUUUGCAAAAAGAAGAAAAGUUCCAGGCUAUGAUGGAGCAGCUCAGGAGACAACAAGCAGACGCCCAGGUGGCAGUUGCAGUAUUUGAGGGUGGCAUUCUUAGUGGAGACAGUUCCUCUGAGGCCUCCAAACUCAGUUCCAAAAGUGCCAAAGAACGAUGCAACCGGAGAAAGAAAAUGAAGCAGAAAGAGGAGGAGGUUGAGAAAGGGGACAACGGAAAAAUCCACAAUUCUGACCCAGAGAGCAACUUUAGAAGAACCAGUUUCCGAUAUUCUGUGGAUGGAAACAUACUGUCAUAUGAUAGAACAUAUCAAUCUCCUCAUCAGUCACUUGUGAGUAUUCAGGGCUCAGUGUUCUCUCCACGCCGAAACAGUAGGGCUAGCAUCUUUACCUUUCGUGGCCGCCUGGGAUCAGACAAUGGAUUUGCAGAUGACGAGCACAGUGCAUUUGAGGACACAGGCAGCCGGCGUGGCUCGUUGUUUCUGCCACAUUGCUCUGAGCGUCAUUACAGUACUGGCAGCAGGAACAGCUUGACCCCACGUGUUUUCCUCUCUCCAAAUGGAAAAGUGCGCAGCUCUGUGGAUUGCAAUGGCACAGUGUCCUAUGUGACUGGGAAUUCAUUGCCAAGCUCUCCAGAGGUUCUGCAGUUGCCUGAGGUGACCAUAGAUAAAGUCACGAUAGAUGACAGUAGGAAAAAAGAGGAGUACAGGAGGAGGUAUGAGGCUGAACAUCUCUCACCAGGUUUUUUAGAUGACCAUACAGCCAGACAGAGGGCUCUAAGUGUAGCUAGUAUUAUCACCAACACAAUGGAAGAAAUGGAGGAUUCAAGGCGGGCAUGCCAUCCAUGUUGGUAUAAGUUUGCAAAAACAUUUCUAAUCUGGGAUUGCUUACCAGCAUGGGUGAAAUUAAAGAAAUUAGUUCACAAGUUCGUUAAGGACCCAUUUGUGGAUCUGUUCAUCACUAUUUGCAUUGUAAUCAAUACGUUAUUCAUGGCCAUGGAGCAUCACAACAAGGCUAAACAUUUUGGGGCAGUCCUUACAGUGGGCAACUAUGUCUUCACAGGGAUCUUCACAGCUGAGAUGAUUUUGAAGAUUGUAGCCAUGGAUCCUUAUUACUACUUCCAAGAAAAGUGGAAUAUAUUUGAUAGUGUCAUUGUAACCAUGAGUAUUACAGAGCUUGGCUUGGAAAAUGUUUCUGGAAUGUCUGUUCUCAGGUCAUUUCGUUUGCUUCGAGUCUUUAAGCUUGCCAAGUCUUGGCCCACUUUAAAUAUGCUGAUCAAAAUCAUUCACAACUCAGUGGGUGCCCUCAGCAACCUGACACUUGUUCUGGCCAUCAUUGUCUUCAUUUUUGCCGUAGUAGGCAUGCAGUUGUUUGGGAAAAAUUACACAACCCAUAAGUGCAAGAUUUCCACAGACUGCAGUCUCCCUCGCUGGCACAUGAGCGAUUUUUUCCACUCCUUUCUAAUAGUGUUCCGUGUGCUGUGUGGUGAGUGGAUCGAGACCAUGUGGGACUGCAUGAUGGUGGCUGAACAGACCAUGUGCCUAUUUGUCUUCCUCAUGGUCAUGGUCAUUGGAAAUCUUGUGGUUUUGAACCUCUUCCUGGCCUUGCUGCUUAGUUCUUUUAGUGCAGAUAACUUGGCAGCCACAAAUGAUGACAGUGAAAUGAACAACUUGCAGAUUGCAGUGGGUCGCAUCCACAAUGGUGUCGCAUUUAUGAAAGCACAUCUGCACAGCUUCUUUCACAGUGACUGUUUUAGAAGGAGACCUAAUAAAGUAAAGGAGGAAGAUGACCUGAAAAAUGGCAAGAAGCUGGCUGAGAUGUCUACUCAUACUACAGUGGAACUGAUUAAAGACCCAGGAUGUGAGAAAGAGGCAUCAGGUGUCGACAGUGGCUCUGAUAAUUUCAUCUUCGAUCCCACCGUGUCUGUUUCUGUACCCAUAGCCAUUGCAGACUCUGACCCUGAGGGCCAUGACGAUUUAAGCAGUUUCUCUUCUGAUAUGGAGGAAGAUAAAGAGAAGCUGUCAGAUGGUAUGAGUUCUUCAGAAGGCAGUACAGUGGACCUCCGGCCCCUGAAGGAGAGAAUAGAAUUACUUGACUUCGAGCUUGAAUUACCAGUGGACGAUCCAGAGGCCUGUUUUACACAAGGCUGUGUGAACAGGUUUCCAUGUUGCCAGGUGAAUGUGGAAAAAGGCAAAUGGAAAACAUGGUGGACCGUCAGGCACACCAGUUACAGGAUAGUGGAGCAUAAUUGGUUUGAGUCAUUCAUCAUCUUUAUGAUCCUGUUGAGCAGCGCAGCACUGGCAUUUGAAGACAUAUACAUUGAGAAAAGGAAAAAUAUAAAGACUGUUUUGGAAUACGCUGAUAAAGUUUUUACCUACAUCUUCAUAUUGGAGAUGCUUUUGAAGUGGCUGGCAUAUGGAUUUGUUAAAUACUUCACCAAUGCGUGGUGCUGGCUUGACUUCUUGAUAGUGGGCGUCUCUCUGAUCAGCCUAGUGGCCAGUGCCCUCAAUUAUUCAGAGCUCACUGCCAUCAAAUCUCUUCGUACACUUCGAGCUCUGAGACCUCUUCGUGCUUUAUCACGCUUUGAAGGCAUGAGGGUGGUUGUCAACGCUCUUUUUGGUGCCAUUCCGUCCAUUGUGAAUGUGCUGCUUGUCUGUCUCAUCUUCUGGCUCAUCUUUAGCAUCAUGGGUGUCAACCUGUUUGCGGGAAAGUUUUAUGAAUGUGUGGAUCCAAUCUCAGGCACUCGUAUUAAUGAGACCAUGGUCUUAUACAAAAAUGAAUGUCUGCAACUGGGUGACAUUGCUCGGUGGAAAAAUUUAAAGAUCAACUUUGAUAAUGUUGGAGCAGGAUAUCUGGCAUUGCUGCAAGUGGCAACUUUUAAAGGCUGGACGGAUAUUAUGUAUGCUGCAGUAGACCACCGUGGUGUGGAUCUACAGCCUAAAUAUGAGGCAAGCCUUUACUACUACAUCUACUUUGUAAUCUUCAUCAUAUUUGGGUCAUUCUUCACAUUGAACCUUUUCAUUGGUGUCAUUAUUGACAACUUCAAUCAGCAGAAGAAAAAGUUUGGAGGUCAGGACAUUUUUAUGACAGAGGAACAGAAGAAAUAUUACAACGCUAUGAAGAAACUUGGUUCGAAGAAGCCACAAAAACCAAUUCCCAGACCUUCUAACAAGCUCCAGGCUCUUCUUUUUGAUGUCGUAACAAAUCAAGCUUUCGACAUCUUCAUUAUGGUACUUAUAUGCCUUAAUAUGGUCACUAUGAUGGUGGAAGCAGAAGAUCAGUCCCAAGAAAUACGCAGUCAUCUAAAGAAGAUCAACAUGGUGUUUGUGGUAAUCUUCACUAUGGAAUGUGUUCUAAAGAUGAUUGCACUUCGACAGUACUUCUUCACUGGUGGCUGGAACAUCUUUGACUUUGUAGUGGUCAUUCUCUCAAUAGUUGGCACAUUUGUCUCUGAAGUCAUCAAGUACCUGUUUUCUCCGACCUUGAUUCGGGUUGUUCGGCUUGCUCGGAUUGGCCGAAUUCUGCGGCUUAUCAAAAGUGCCAAGGGAAUACGGACUCUUUUGUUUGCCUUAAUGAUGUCUCUCCCAGCUCUAUUCAACAUCGGCCUUCUUCUCUUCUUAGUCAUGUUCAUCUAUGCAAUUGUGGCAAUGUCACAAUUUGCCUAUGUCAAGAAGGAAGCUGGAAUUGAUGACAUGUUUAACUUUGAGACGUUCCCCAAUAGCAUGCUGUGUUUGUUUCAGAUCACUACCUCAGCAGGGUGGGAUGGACUCCUCGCACCCAUUCUAAACAGGCCACCUGAUUGUGAGCCACAAAAGGAUCACCCUGGCAGUCAACAGAAAGGUGACUGUGGCAACCCAGCUAUUGGUAUCAUCUUCUUUGUGAGCUACAUUAUAAUAUGCUUCUUGAUUGUAGUAAACAUGUACAUAGCUGUGAUCCUUGAGAACUUCAGUGUGGCCACAGAAGAGAGUGCAGAGCCAUUAAGUGAGGAUGACUUUGAAAUGUUUUAUGAGGUGUGGGAAAAAUUCGAUCCUGGCGCUACACAGUUCAUAGAAUACAAACAGUUACCUGACUUUGCUGAUUCCCUCGACCCACCUCUCCGUAUUCCGAAGCCCAAUAAGAUCCAGCUGAUUAAUAUGGACUUACCAAUAGUAAGUGGGGAGCGAAUUCACUGCAUGGAUAUCUUAUUUGCAUUUACAAAGCGUGUCCUGGGUGAAAGUGGUGACAUGGAUGUCCUUCGUGGGCAGAUGGAGGACCGUUUCAUGGCAUCGAACCCUUCCAAGGAAUCUUAUGAGCCUAUCACUACAACGAUUCGCCACAAGCAUGAGGACGUGUCCGCUGUCAUCAUUCAGCGUGCCUACAGGAUGCAUGUCAGGAGACAGAAUGUAAACAUAACCUCUAGCACAUACAAGGAAGGAGUACAGGAGAACGGAAUGGUUUCAAACAAGGUCCCAGUGGUGACAGACAGAUGUAACAACCACUCUGCUUCAGACAAAUCUGAGUCAUCGUCCUCUACCGUUGUCCCACCAUCAUAUGCCAGUGUAACACAAUCUGGUAAGAACAAAUAUGAGAAAGACAAGAGGGAAAAGGAAAUAAAAGGAAAAGAUAACAAGAAGCGGUAAAGAUACAAUAAAUUAAAACCCCACACGUUAGAAAUAGAGUUUUACAAUAUGAUUAUGUUUAUAUUAUAAUCAUGAACACGGAUCAACUAUACUCUUUUCUAAAGUGUGAUUAUAUAUAUGCCAUAGUGGCAAAAUUUUCUUGUUUUUUGCUAUCAUAUUACUGUAUUUUAUUAUUUUUUUUAUAUCUUGCUAAUGAGUUUGCUUUGAAGAAACGAUUUUGUGUUUCCAUUUUACUGUUAGUGUUGCUCCCUUUUCACCAAAGGAAAGCCAUUUAAUGCUUUCUAGCAUCUUCUCAAGCAGUCUGGGACCAUUCAUAGAUUUUUUUUCUUAUUUGUCUGUUUUCUGACAUACUUCCUGCUCUCAGUGAUGCCUUUGUCAGGCUACUGCUGAAGCUCAACAGAACAGAAGAUUGAUUUGAAUUUAUAUGGGUUUAUCAACUGUAAUUCCUGUUAUUUUUGCAGACAUUAUUGUGUCCUUGUUCGAUUAAACCAUGUACUUUGUGUAAUGUUUCUGCCGUGAGACAACAACCAUGUUUUCAAGCUAUGCCUUCCCCUUGUGCAGUUUUUGCAACAUGGAUGUUGCUAGAACUCAUGAAUUUUCGAGUUUGACCUCCAGUGAAUCACUUUGUUUACAAUGGACAAUUCAGGGAAUUUUAUCUUUCGAAGAAGUUGAUGAAACCUUUUUCAUUCUUGCUUAUGAGCAGAGAUAUUAAGCCACAUUAUGUUGGACUCAUUAGUGAGAUAGGAUUGAAACAAAGCCUCUCAAAUGCUGCGUGAAUCAGAAGCAGCUAGUUCCUCAUGAAAUCCUUGGGGAAUUGGUGGUACUUAUGCAGGAAUUAUCCUCCAAAAUAUUAACCAAAGAGGGAUAUGUGUGUUGCAGCAAAUGAGACAAUGUAUGUAAAUGUGCCUAUGAAUGUACUAGAAAAAUUGUGUACAUCAUACACAACAUAAACUGGCAAAAUCAGCCAUAACCAGCUGUAACUAGACUAGUUUCAUUUAGCACGUGUAUAUAUAAACCUUGACCUAUCAACUGCAUUUGAUUAUACCAGUGUAGAUUGUGCAUUUGGACACAGUCCAUUUAAAAAAUUGAAUGGAUUUGCUAUGCAUCCAGGGUAUUUGUGUUCUUUUACAUUCAGGCAGUGCCACAGAUUUGAUCCUGCCAACAUUAAUUGGUCAUACUAGCUUGCCAAGAUUGAUAUUAUUAAGUUCAUGGAAAACAUAUUUGUAUUAUUAUGAUUCCGAACAUAUCCAAUUAAUGAAUUUUGGUGAAACACAGCUGUAAUGACUAGAAAGUGAAAGUGUUGUAUCACAUUUAGUAUUUCAGGAUGGCUCUAUGCCUCACGUGUGCCUCUUAGAAAGCCAUUAGUAUAUGUGCCUAUUUGCAUCAUCAUACCAUUAAUUAUCAAAUUUCUUUUAAGUAAAAUGUUUUUAUUAAUAAAAUAAUAAAUAAUCGGUUGAACAUUAAAAUCAUUUAAAUAUUCAGAAGCAGUAAUUUAAAAUAAAUACAUCUCCCUAAACAAUUAUUCUUUGUCUUAAAUAAACACACUCAACAAAAAUCUGUCCAUCAUACAUACUAGCAUAUUGUAUAGAUAUGAAUAGUGUAGCAUAUUUUCUAUAAGGUAGAGAUUAUGCUUGGAUGUGGAAAAUAAUAAACAAAGCAAUUGUGUUCUGCUUCUAGUAAAUAGGAAGUUGGUAAGAAACAAUGUGUUAAAUUGAAAUUAUUUCCUCAAUAUGCCUAUAUUGCAUUGCUGAAAUAUACUGUAUAUUUGCUUUGCUUUUAUACAUUUUAUGUGUGUGUGUGUGUGUGUGUGUGUGUGUGUGUGUGUGUGUGUGUGUGUGUGUGUUAUUUGUAAAGGGAUUUAAGAUACACACCAUGCACAAUUUGGUUGCACUUUUUUAUUUAAUUACUUCCUUCCAAAGACUGUAAUCUAAAUUUCUGUAUUGUGUAUUUAAAUCUCACUUAUAAUUUGAAGAUAUCUCUUUGCAAACUGUGCAUGCUCCCUGUGCACUAAUAUUAUCUGCAACUGAAAUCGAGAAUAUCUUUGGUUAUAUCUGUGCCUGAAAUAUUGUGACCUACAUUCAACAAGUCCUUGCAUAUGUUUACAAUAAUUUUUAUGCAAUUUUAUCGAUUAUGUAUGUAAAUUUUAGGCUGAACUGCUUAUCCUUAUAGAGCUAUAAUAAAUGUCUAACAUAAACACUGCUAUGAUCCUGUUCUGUAACUGUGUUAUACAUGUAAUAACAACAUUUUUUUGCUGGUGAAAUUUUAAGUUUAUUAAAAAAAUGAAUGUUUUGAUUACAUAAGCACAGGUGAUAGAUGAUAUUUUAUAUAUACAUUUAAACCUGUAAUCUAUUAUUGUACUGCAUGCAAGGUACUGCCAUGAGUCAAAUGAUUAAGAAAGCCAAAAGAAUAAAGGUGUCUUGUUA